CCCCGGCUUGAAGGUUGAUGCCACGAGCUAGUGGCAAGCAGCAGGUGGCGGUUGUAAACAAACAUAAGCUAAGCUAACAAGAAGCAGUCAAGAAGAGUUAAAAGUGCUUCUGGGAGCAAAUGGCGAUGGUGCUUGGUAAGACGCUGGCCAGUUGUGUUCUGGUUCUGCUGAGUCUGUGGCUGUGCAUCCACUCACUGCCCAUUGUGGUGGACCAAAGCAAAGAGAACAUAACCAGCAAAGAGGGCGAACUGGAUCCCCCACAAAGUGUAAACACUGGGCUACACUAUGACCGCUACCUCAGGGAGGUCAUCGAAUACCUGGAGAAAGACCCCUACUUUCGGGAGAAGUUAACCAACACCAACGUCGACGACAUCAAGGAAGGUAAACUCGCCAAAGAACUGAACUUUGUCCACCACAAUCUACGCACCAAGCUGGAUGAGCUGAAGAGGGAGGAAAUGAGCAGGCUGCGGAUGCUCAUCAAGGCCAAACACGACUUGGAGGCGGGGGAUGGCUGGAAAGUGGACCACAAAGCCUUGCUGAAACAAUUUGAGCAUCUCAACCAUGACAACCCGCAUUCAUUUGAGCCGGACGACCUGGACCGCCUCAUCAAAGCGGCUACGAGCGACCUUCAAAAUUUUGAUAAGGAACGCCACAAUGAGUUCAAGCAGUACGAGAUGAUGAAGGAGCACGAGAGGCGGGAGAAGUUGAAAGCCAUGUCGGAGGAGGAGCGCAAAAAGGAGGAGGAGCGCUACCAGGAGAUGAAGAAGAAGCGCGCCGACCACGCCAAAGUUAACCACCCGGGAAGCGAAGACCAGCUGAAGGAGGUGUGGAAGGAGUCAGACGGCCUUGACCCGACCGACUUUAAUCCGAAGACUUUCUUCAAACUGCAUGACAGCAACGGGGAUGGCUUCUUGGACGAGAACGAACUUGAGGCCAUCUUCUCGCUUGAGCUUGACAAGAUGUACAAGUCCACCGAUAAUGAAUACGACAUGAUGCGGAUGCAAGAAGAUCGGCUGCGCAUGAGAGAGCAUGUCAUGGUUGAGGUGGACACCGACAAAGACAGACUGGUGUCGCUCGCCGAGUUUAUCGAGAGCACAAAGAAGAUGGAGUUCAAACAAAAGGAGGAGUGGGAGACGGUGGAGAAGCAAAACGCACCUUUUACUGAAGAGGAGCUGGCGGCAUUUGAGGAGCAGCUGUCCCAAGAGGGCAAGAUGAUCAUGCAACAGGCGGAGGAGCUGCAGAAGCAACACGAGGAGCUCCAAAAGAAGCAAGAGGCGCUUCACGCGCAUAAGCUCAACAUUCAGCAGGCCAUGGAUGACCUGGAGAAGAAAAAAAGCCAAUCCAAGUCUGACGUCAAGGAGUCUGGAGGCGUGGGAGCUGCAGGUGAACAGGCGCUAAACGGGACAUAA